AUGACGAUAUAUUUCCACUUACUAAGUCAUCUAGUGGUGUUACAGUGUGUUAUAGCAUACAGCUAUGGUGGAUGUGGUUAUGACACUGGAUAUCCAGUAGAUCAAGGUAUUCAGUUACGACUGAACGGCGGUGAAUCACCCAAUGUAGGCUAUGUGGAAGUCUUUCAAAAUGGGGAAUGGGGCGCUCUUUGUGACUCUGGAAUAAGUCCAGACAGUUCAUCUACAGUUUGUCAACACCUUGGUUAUAAGGAUGGUGAAAUAUGGACAAAGGGUUUUGGCCCUUAUGAAGGAACUUAUGUUCAUAAGACAGAUGAUACCUGCCUGACUACUGAAAGUAACCUAAAUAACUGUGGAUCAGUUGAAUUUAGACGAGAGAUUUACAAUGGAAAAUACACCUGUCUUCCGUUUCAACCACAGGUUGUCUAUUGUUAUGAUACCGGAGUUCGACUUCACAGACCAUACAAUUCAACAAUUGGUAACGUUUUAGUUUAUGUCGAUGGUCAACACAGGACGAUUUGUUCAGAAGGUUUUGAUAUUGAUUCAGCUAAUGUGGUCUGUAGAGAACUCGGGUUUUAUCUGGGUGGUAAAGUUCUACCAUCUACUACGUACAAAACUGAUGAUGAUUUAGACCAUGGUCAAUAUAGUUAUUAUUGUCAAGGAACUGAAAGCAGUCUGACAGAAUGUGAAAGAGUUCCUCAGUAUUGUGCUAAAGAUGAUAUUGCUGUAGUGUAUUGUAAUCAAGGAGAUGAAGAAGCAGAUGGCGUAGAAGAAGAAGUGAGAAUCACUGGUUCUGGUGAAGUUCAAGUGUUCUUGAACGGUAUUUGGGGAAACAUCUGUACCGACACGUGGGACAACAGAGAUGCUGCCGUAGCUUGUAGAGAAUCUGGGUAUACCAAUGGCCGAGCUUAUGAUAAUUAUUUAGAUAAUGAACUGCCGGUUUGGAUUUCUGAAACCUACUGUACCGGUUCUGAACCAAGCAUCAAAACCUGUCAAAAGAAUUUGUAUGUAGGGGAAUCAUCAUGUUCCCAACCUUAUUCCAAAAGGGCUAUGGCUUCAUGCUUUAACGAACCAGCAAUAGAAUUUUCAAUAGUUGGUGGUGGAAACAGUGGUUAUAUACAAAUGAGGAAAGACGGUAAAGAGGGGUAUGUUUGUGACCGUUACUUUCAAUACCCAGCGGAAGCUGUAGCUGUUUGUAAGGGUUUGGGUUAUACUACUGGAGAGCUCAUAGCGCUAUCAACACUACCUGGGGAUGUGAAUUUCUGGAUUACAGAUAUAUAUUGCUCGCCUCCUGAUUUACCAAGACUUCAAGACUGUAAUUCUGGAGAUGAUUCCUGGUCCUAUUUGAAUCCUGGUGAUGAUCAGUAUGAAAGUUGUAGAACCAAUGAAAAGGCUUUAUCUGUUUCUUGUAGUUAA